UUGUGGGCGGUGGAAGAAGAGACGAAAGCGAUUGCGGAUUGCGAUUGACGUCGUUACGCUGCUCGGCAAGGCGACUGCCAGUCCAGUCCGUCGGCCGUCGUUCAGUUUAGCUGUGUUGCUUGCGCGUUUCGGUUGGUCUCUGGCGGUGAGGCCUUUGCUCUAUCGAAUAUCGGUAGACAAUCACGACUACGAACAGCGGUCGACACUAACCUAGCCUAACCUGGACAGCGGACAGUCCUGCCGCAUUUUGUACGCGUCCGCCACUCCAGACGUGUCCACUACCACCGCCCGGGACGUUUACGACGUUAACAGCAGUCCGUCACGGCGUCUCGUUUAUGUUCGCACCCGGUGAUAUAUGUUCAACGGUUGUUUCAUUGUUUGCUCAUUAUUUGUGUUGCCGAUAAAUCACCGACAGCGACGUCAUCAGAAAGCGAUAAUAUUUAAUAUUAUAAUUACUAUUAUAGUUAUAUAAUACGUGAUUUACUUAAACGAAAAAUUGGUAAAUUAUGGCAAUACUGACGGCGUCGAAAUAGUACACCUAAUAAUAUUAAUAUUAAUAUUCAUUUUCGGGUUUAUUUUCCCCUCAUAAUUCCCUCUGCGUUCAACAAUUGUCCCUCAGUUGCACACAACUUCCAUCUGAUUCAUCGGGACAAAAUGUUGAUAUGGUGUAGCGGCCAUGUCGUGGUCGUCUUGCUCGUAGCAGCACUCAGUACUGCGCCGGCAUGCACAGAACUUAUUGGCCUGUACGAAGACUCAGAUCUGUUGGAAAUAUUGGACAGUACCAAUUUUAAUGACAAAGUAUUGCAAGGAAAUACAUCAUACGUGAUUGAGUUUUACAAUGCCUUUUGUGGACAUUGUAUACGGUUCUCAACCCCUUGGAAAGGAUUUGGAAUUCAAGUCUACGGGUGGAGAAAUUAUGUGAAAGUUGGUGUAAUUGACUGUUCAAACGAAAUAAACAGUCAAACAUGCCGAGAUUAUGAAGUCAUGGCCUAUCCUACUGUACGCUACUUUCCUCCUCGGCCAGCAUCAAGUAAUAUUGGAAAAGAUUUUAUUAGAUCUUUUAAUAUACAAGUUAUGAAGGAUUUUCUUAUUAAAAUGCUUCAAGAAACUCAAAGUAGCACAAAUGUAUCAACUUUGUGUGAUAUACAACCCUUUGAAAAUGUCAAUGUAGAAAUUGAUUCAAAUAAUAUUUUAACAUUUAUUAUAAUUAGUACACCAAAUGAUAAGAUUGCUCAAGAACUUAUUAUCGAUUUCUGUCCUGUAAAAAAAGUUAAAAUAAUAAGCGUACUAAAUUCUAACACAGGAUUGGCCGAAUUAUUAAAAACAGAAACAUAUCCAAGUCUCUAUCUUGUUGAAGACAAUAACCAAUUCACACGUUUAGCAAGUGGAAAUAACAAAACAAAUUUUACCAAUACCAUUAAUACAUAUUUGGAAACAGUGCACAUGACUCCAUUCAGUAUAUUUGAUAUUACUACUACACUCUAUAAUUUAUUAUUCCAUAAAGACAAAGGUUCGAUGCAUAAUGACAACACAGUUUAUUUGUCAGAUUUAGAAGCUACGUUGAGGUAUUCUCUGGAACAUGAGAUUCUAUCACGAAGUGUUAUUUCUGGCGAGUCAUUAAAUGCAUUAAAUAGUUAUUUAGAACUUCUUAUUGAAUGUUUCCCUUCUAGUAUUAGAGGCAAAAAAUUCAUUAAGUUAAUAUGGGAAAAUACACAUCUCAAUAAAACAGUGUCAGGAGAGAAGCUUGGAAAUCUUAUUAAUAACUAUGAAUUUUUGUUAAAACCUUAUGUUACUAAACAUAGUUGGAUCGGAUGUGAAGGUAGCCAACCAAUGUAUAGGAAAUAUCCAUGUGGCUUAUGGACUAUGUUUCACACACUCUCAGUACAAGCAUCUAUAAAGAACUUGAUAACAUUUAAUGGAAAACAAGUUUUGGAAACUAUUGCUGGUUAUGUUAAACAUUUUUUUGGAUGUACAGACUGUUCUGAGCAUUUCAUGAAUAUGGCUACCACAAUUCAAACUAAUGUUUCAUCAUUAGAUGAUGCAGUGCUGUGGCUUUGGUCAGCCCAUAAUCAAGUGAACCAAAGACUUAAGGGUGAUGUUACUGAAGAUCCAAUGCAUCCAAAAAUAUUAUUUCCAUCAAAAGUAUAUUGUGAAACAUGUCACCAAAAUGGUACUGAUGAGUGGAAUAAAACUGAAGUGCUAAAAUAUUUGAAAAAUAUAUAUUCAGCUAUUAGUCUUCAAAAGACAUCAUAUGAUAAUAUUCAUUCUCAACAUGAUAAUUUGAUAAUCACAGGUAAACGGUCCAUUGAUGAUAAUAGUAAUUAUAAUAAUAAUGUGUUUGAUGAAGAAGAAUGGAAGAUUGAUGUUAGCACUUGUAUGAUAUCAUAUAUUUUGUCAUGUAGUGUGCUAAUGAUAUUAUUUUAUUUACUGUUGGUGAAGAAACGGUGUAAAAAAAAUAAAUAUAUUUAUUUUAUACUGGGUAAAUAGCUUGAUUGUUAUUAUAACUUAAAUGUGUUUUGUUUUUUAUUAAAUUAAAUUUUAAUUUUUUGACUAAGAUAUUAUAUAUUUUAUAUUACUCAUUUACAAAUUUAAAAAUAAUUUAACUAUAAGACUGUGUUAUUUAAUAAAUUCAUAUAGAUUUUAAUAUGUUCAAUAAGAAUGUAUAUUUAUUUUAUCACAUUUUGAAUAUUAUACUAUAAUGUUAAUUACAUAUUAUAAAUUUUAAUAUUAUGAGUAAUUCAUUAAUUCAAUAGUUACUAGGCAUACAAUUUGCAAAUGUUAAAACUGUUUAUUGUUUUAGACAAUUUUAUUGCAAACAUUUACUGUUCAUUAAACGGUAUAUAAUUUAGUUUUAUAAAUGUUUUAUUUUAACUUUUAAAUAACAAGUAAACACAUAUUGUAUAUAGUGUGUUAUGAUUUUAUAACAUGCAACUAUAAAUUUUUAUAAAAUCAAAGAAUGGUACAACGAUACAAUGAUAAAUGUUUGUUUGUAAACAAAAAAAGUUAAAAAUGUCCACUACAGUGUAUAGGAACUGCUAAGAUCACUAUGCUAAAAAUUUUUAUUUUUUAUAAUAAUUUGAAUAAAUUUACAAAAAACUAUUUUUUAAGUAUUGUUCAGAUUUUAGAGAGAUAUUAUAGAAAAAAAUUAAUUGCAUUU